UCUUCCUCGAGCGGUGAGAUUAAUGAUGUGCUUGGCUUUUGGUUCUGUUGGCUGCAUAUUGUGACGGGUCAUUUGGCUUCCUGUCAGUGUCUGCUAUUUAGUUCCAUUUCUGUCCCGACGCUCGGCUGCUUCUCGUCAUCUCCCAAGCAGCAUAUCUACCGCCGCCCAUCUUUUGCGAUGCCUCCCACUUCUGGGAGCGCAAUCGGCGAUGUCGACAGCGAUGACUAUGUGGCCCAGGUGCUUGCGGGUGAAGCGCGGGACAGUUCCUUGAAGUAUUCGGCGCAAGGACUGGGUGCUUAUAUGCCUAAACGACCUACCGGCGCUGCUCCGAAACCAAAUACACGAUUCUUACGUCAUAUCAUAAAAGAAACGGAUACUCAUAAUGCAGCCUUAAAGCGAAAAGAAGAGAGGGAAGCAAGGGAACGGAUGCGACAACUGCGAACCCAAGCAACUGCUUCUUCCCACGAUUCCAGGGAAACUCGCCGUCGCCAAUCUACAACCGAUGAUCGAGAUUCACGACGAGAAAGGAAAUACGAUCGCGAGGAUAGACACCGGUCGCAUCGGCGGAGACCUAGAAGUCGCUCGGCAUCUGCGGACAGAGAACGGUCCAGUAAAUAUCGGCAUAGACAUGAGACGGAAGAAGACCGCCACAGAUCAUCUCGGAGGAGCCGUCGGCAUCGGUCCUACUCUCGGUCGCGAAGUCGUUCGCCUAAGGAAGAUCGGGAUUCAUAUUCUCGCCGUCACCGUCGACACCAUAGGCGACGUUCCGGCUCACCGUCGCGGUCGCGAUCGAGAUCUCCUAGAGCGAGGGAAAGUCGAAGGGACAAGUACAGUGAACGCAGCAGUCGGCAUCGCUCCCGUGAACGUGAAGCUUCUCGAAAACACACCACCACCACGCGCAAAGAAUCACCCACCGCGCCUGCUCAGCAAAACGGAUAUGAUUCAGACCCUCUGGAGGAUUUGGUCGGGCCUCUUCCCGCGAAGGAAAACGCACCAAUUCGUUCCCGUGGCCGAGGUGCUUACAGACCUAAUGCCAGCAACAUCGAUGCGCAUUUCGCUGCCGACUAUGACCCCGCAUUGGACGUUCAGCUUGAGGACGAUGACGCGAGUACAAAGAAAUCCACUCGCCGCCCUGUCCCGGGAUUGAUGACCGGAGAUGAUGACUGGGAACUGGCUCUUGAAGCAGUACGGGAUCGGGCACGCUGGAGACAAAGGGGCGAGGAUAGACUGCGGGAGGCUGGGUUUAAUGAUUCGUUCGUGGAGCGGUGGAAGAGCAACACCACCUCUACCGGAGCAGCGGACGACUCCGAGGGUCGACUUGAAGACGUGAAAUGGUCAAAGAAAGGGGAAAGCCGAGAAUGGGACCGAGGAAAGUUUGUUGACGAUGAGGGCCACAUCGAUGUGAAAGCUUUGUGGUAGCUGUGAAAUAUGUUAGGGUUGGUCGCAUGUGCAUACUUUUUCGGGGUUUCGGGCGUUGGAGCAUAGGUUAUUCUCGAUUGUCUAUAUUAUCUACAGGCGAGGUGGAGGGCUUGGAGGGUUUGAAUAUUGUAAUGACGAGCAUGAAUUAUGAGAGAAGUUUUAC